AUGGUGGGUCAUACACGCCGGAUCUUCCGGCCAAUGCUGAUGAGUGCCGCCGAGUCUGUCCAGGACAUUCACGAUGGCGCCACCAUUGCGGCCGGUGGAUUCGGCUUUUGCGGCUUUCCGUUUGAGCUACUCGAAGCACUUAACCAGAAGAGCACAAAACAGCUUACCCUCAUCGCUGGCACGACAUCAGGGCCUGAGGACGGAACCGGGCCCCUCGCGCGUGAUGGGCAGAUUGCGAAGAUCAUCACCAGCUACGUUGGCGAGAACAGCGUUCUCUCGGAUCGACUCUUUAAGGGCGAGUUUACAAUCGAGUUUUGCCCCAUGGGCACGCUGGUGGACCGGCUGCGCGCUGCGGGCGCGGGGCUGCCGGCCUUCUACACCCCCACCGGCUACGGCACAGCAGUAUCCGAGGGUCGCCUCCCUGUGCGCUUUGCGCCGGGCAAGUCGGUGAGGGUGGCCGAGUACAGCCACCCGCGCGAGACGCGGCAGUUCAACGGGCGGUGGUGCACGCUGGAGAUGGCGCUGCCAGCCGACUUUGCGUUUGUGCGCGCGUGGAAGGCGGACAAGCGCGGCAACCUCGUGUUCCGCGGGACGACGCAGAACUUCAACCUUGCGUCCGCGAAGGCUGCGAAGGUGUGCAUCGCGGAGGUGGAGGAGAUUGUGGAGUGCGGGGAGCUGGACCCGAAGACGGUGCACCUGCCCGGCGUGUAUGUGCAGCGCCUGGUGUGCCCACCGAACAUCAAGAGAGUCGCCGAGUUCGUGGUGGAGCGCAAGCCUGGCUCCUCGACGGGGACCGGCAAGAACGCACAUGCAAGCCGCAAUCUCAUAGCUCGCCGCGCAGCCCUUGAGAUCAAGGAUGGCAUGACACUGAACCUUGGCAUCGGCAUCCCCAACAUGGUGGCGAGCUACAUACCGCCUGAUGUGGACGUGGUGCUGCAGGGAGAAAAUGGCUUACUUGGCAUUGGCCCCUACCCGCUGCCGGAGGAGGUGGACCCCGAUAUCACUAACGCCAGCAAGCAGACUGUCACCAUGAGCAAGUCGGGUGCUUCGCUGUUCGACAGCGCCGAGUCCUUCAGCAUGAUUCGCGGUGGUCACUUGGACUUGACGAUGCUUGGUGCGCUGGAGGUCUCUGGCACCGGCGACAUUGCCAGCUGGUGGGUGCCUGGCAAGGUGCUGAAGGGCAUGGGUGGCGCCAUGGAUCUGGUGGUGUGCGGUUGCAAGAAGAUCGUGCUGAUGGAGCACACAGACAAGGAGGGUAAGUCGCGCAUCGUUGAGAGGUGCAAAGCCCCCGUCACAGGUCGUGAGUGCCUUGACAUGAUCAUCACGGAUUUGGCCGUUUUUGUGGUGGAAAAGGCGGCGGGAGGUGUGGGGUCGCUGGUCUUGACGGAGGUUGCCGAGGGGGUAACGCUGGAGGAGGUGAAGGCCAAAACCGAGGCACCCUUUGCCGUGUCUGCAGACCUCAGGACGAUGUCGUUGGCAGCGGUUCCAAGUCAAGCGUAG